CACAAGACCGAACUGAAAGUUCACAUAGCAUUACAGAAAUUUGAAAGGAUCUCUGGUGUUUUCCCACAGCAAUGCCUCCUUUUUAUUUUUCAUUGAUGGCUUGACUCUAGUUUCUGACAAACAACGUGUGGUGGGCUUGGGGGGGGGAGGGGGGGAGUGCUGUAUGAAAAAUACUUUAGGCUUUCGAACUAUGAGAAAUUAAGAUUGUUUUGUUUGUGGCUGAGCAACUAAGGCUAGUUUUAAUAUCCUCACAUCAAGACAGAGACGAAUCAAUUCAAUUGAAACAUGGCUUUGAAUCGGAAAAUGCAUCCCAGGAAUAAAUACAAGACACCUCCAAGUUUUAAAGAAUUGGCUCUCAAAAAUGAAGAGUUUCGACAAUUUGCCAAAAUUGACAUAAGUGGCAAAGUGUUAAUUGACUUCAAAAACGCCGACGCUUUGCGUGCCUUGACAAGAGUCUUACUCAAAGAAGAUUGGGGCUUAGAUGUUGUAUUACCUUCAGAGUAUCUAGUCCCGACUCUUCCUCUACGCUUAAACUAUAUUCUAUGGCUGGAGGAUUUAGUGGCAGCCCUCGAGGUGGAUGAUUCUGGAAGCCCAGUGUAUGGUAUUGAUAUAGGUACAGGAGCAUCUUGUGUGUACCCUCUUUUAGCAGCUAAAAAGAAUGGAUGGCAUAUGAUAGGUACUGAAAAGAAUGAAGUGUGUUUUGAUCAUGCCACACAGAAUGUGCUUCGUAACAAUUUGGAAUCCCUGGUGAAAGUCAAAAAAGUUGAUGGAGAGGCCAUAAUUCAAGAUUCUAUAUUGGAGAAUACAUUUGACCCCAAGCCACCAUGUUUUCACUUCACAAUGUGCAAUCCCCCAUUCUAUGCCUCAGAGGAAGAUGUAGAAAAGACUAACAAGAGCCGCUCAAUGAGUUCUCCUCGACCACCUCCAAACAAUGCACGCACAGGCUCAGCCAAUGAAAUUGUCGUGGAAGGAGGAGAAGUUGCAUUUGUUUUUAAAAUGAUUGAUGAUUCUUUCAAAUUGAAAGACAACAUUCGAAUCUUUACAACUAUGGUUGGUCACAAGUCAAGUGUUCCCAAAAUUUUGCAGUAUUUGAAGAGUAAAAACAUCAAGGAAGUGGCUUCCUCUGAAUUUUGCCAAGGCAAGGUCACUAGGUGGGGUUUAGCAUGGAGCCAUUCUGUUCACCUGACAUGUGAAUCACUUUCUACAGAGCCAGUAAAUGUGAAACAGAAGCCGAAACCCCCUCUCCUUUAUAAAUUGCCUAAACCUAAAAAUGACUUGUUCAACACCUUCGAUUCUUUUGUGAGCAAAGUUAAGGUGCUCAUGGACAAGCUAAAUUUGCAAUAUAAGUGCGUAAUCAAAGAUGUUAAGUCAGUGGGUUUCCAAGUUUCUGCUCUGAGCAAUACCUGGUCCAACCAGAGAAGAAAACGUCGUGAUCAGCUUAGGCAAGGGACCACCACAGACGAAGCAGCUGGCAAUCAAGGGUGCAGUGAGACUUGCAACAUUAAAGGCAAAGAAGAAACAGAUGAGCCGCCAUCGAAAAGAGCUAAGAAAGGAGAUGUUGUUCCCCUAGCAGUAGUAGGCCUCAUCUUGAGGGAAGAAGAUGCCGAGGACGGCAGCACCAAAAUAUUAGAAAUUAACUGGCUACAAGGCAGUGGGGGUAGAGAAUCAUCUCACCAAAUCUUGCAAUAUAUGAAAAAUAAUAUUUGAUUGUGUGAAAAGGACUGAGAUUGAUUAAAAACACAAUUAAUUCAUUGGUUACCCAACAAA